AUGGCGAUUAGAGCUUUUCUUCUCCUCGUUCUCAUUUUCUCUUCCGCCUAUACUACCUUCUCUCUCUACGAAGACCAAGUCGGCCUCAUGGACUGGCAUCAACGGUACAUCGGAAAAGUGAAGCACGCAGUGUUCCACACGCAGAAGGCGGGGAGGAAGCGCGUGGUUGUCUCCACUGAAGAGAAUGUCCUCGCCUCCCUCGAUCUUCGCCAUGGAGAUAUUUUUUGGAGGCAUGUAUUGGGGCACAAAGAUGUGAUUGAUGGAAUUGAUAUCGCCCUAGGGAAAUAUGUUAUUACUCUGUCAUCUGGAAGCACUUUAAGAGCAUGGAACCUUCCAGAUGGCCAGAUGGUGUGGGAGUCAUUCCUUUCUGGCUCAAGUCCUUCAAGAUCAAUUUUAUUAGUUCCUUCAAAUUUGAAAGUGGAUAGGGACAGUUUGAUCCUUAUUUAUAGUAGUGGGUAUUUGCAUGCUGUUUCAAGCACCGAUGGGGAAGUUAUCUGGAAGAAAGAGCUAGCAAAUGAAGGCCUUGACAUUCAACAUAUAGUUCAUCCUGACGGCACUGAUGAUGUAUAUGCUGUAGGACUCACUAGUUCAUCCCAGUUUGUAGCAUAUAAAAUAAAUGCUAGGAAGGGUGAACUGCUAAAGCAUGAGAGCAUGGUAUUUCCUGGCGGAUUUUCUGGUGACAUAUCACUAGUGACAAGUGAGAAAGUGGUGGCACUGGAUUCCACUGGGUCAAUCCUAGUAUCUAUAAUUUUCAAGGAUGGACUAAUUAACUUCCAACAGGUGCAUAUAGCAGAUCUUGUUCAGGAUUUUACUGGAGCAGCUGUGCUCUUACCUUCUAAGCUUACAGGGAUGGUUGCUAUACAUAUAAACAAAUUCGUAUUAUUUCUUAGAGUUACAUAUGAAGGGAAACUGGAGGUAGUUGAUAAAGUUGCUUAUGGUGCUGUUAUCAGUGAAUCUUUGUCGCUUUCUGAAGGUCACCAAGCUUUUGGGCUUAUCAAGCAUGGUGUUGGUAAGAUUCAUCUCUCUGUAAAAUCAAUCAAUGACUGGGGUAGCAAUUUACUUGAGGAAAGCUCUGCAAUAGACAGUCAAAAGGGGCUUGUUCAUAAGGUUUUCAUCAACAACUAUAUCAGGACAGACAGAUCUUAUGGAUUUAGAGCCCUGAUUGUCUUAGAAGAUCAUUCCCUAUUGUUACUACAACAAGGUGAGAUUGUUUGGAGCAGAGAAGAUGGACUUGCCUCUAUUGUAGAUGUAACAACAUCAGAAUUACCUGUAGAAAAGGAUGGUGUAUCUGUUUCCAAAGUGGAGCAGAACCUUUUUGAAUGGCUUAAGGGACAUUUGCUAAAGCUAAAAGGAACCCUGAUGCUUGCUACCCCUGAUGAUGUGGCAGCUAUACAACAAAUGAGGUUAAAAAGCUCUGGGAAAAGCAAGAUGACCCGUGAUCAUAAUGGAUUUAGGAAACUACUCAUAGUACUUAGUCGGUCGGGGAAACUUUAUGCACUUCACACUGGAGAUGGGAGGAUAGUAUGGUCUUUCCUAGUGAAUGCUCUUCGAAAAUCAGAGACUUGUGAAAACCCAAAUGGGCUUAAGAUAUAUCAGUGGCAGGUCCCUCAUCAUCAUGCCAUGGAUGAGAAUCCAUCGGUUCUUGUAGUUGGCAAAUGUGGAUUAAAUUCAGAUGCUCCAAGUGUUCUGUCCUUUGUUGAUUCAUACACUGGGAAGGAACUCAAAAUUUUGAAACCUGUUCAUUCCAUUGCACAGGUUAUUCCUCUCCCAUAUACUGAUUCCACUGAGCAACGAUUACAUCUAUUGAUAGAUACUGAUGGUCAUGGGCACUUAUAUCCCAGAACUCCUGAGGCUCUUGGAAUAUUCAAACGUGAAUUGGGAAACAUAUAUUGGUACUCAGUAGAUGCCAAUAACAUCUUAAGGGGGCAUGCAGUGAAGGAGAAUUACUUUAAGGAUGUGGGUGAUGACUACUAUUUUGCCACCAAGUAUGUAUGGUCGGUUGUAUUCCCUUCAGAAUCAGAACAGAUCAUUGCAACUGCUACAAGAAAACUGAAUGAGGUGGUUCAUACUCAAGCAAAGGUAACCACAGAUCGGGAUGUGAUGUAUAAAUACAUAUCUAAGAAUAUGCUUUUUGUGGCUACUGUUGCACCUAAAGCAGCUGGUGAUAUUGGUUCAGUAAUCCCAGAUGAGUCAUGGCUAAUUGUUUAUCUAAUUGAUACUGUAACUGGUCGCAUUCUUCACCGCAUGACUCAUCAAGGCUCGCAGGGACCUGUCCAUGCAGUGCUUAGUGAGAAUUGGGUUGUCUACCACUACUUCAAUCUAAGGGCACACAGAUAUGAAAUGUCUGUCAUUGAGAUCUAUGAUCAGUCUCGAGCGGAUAACAAAGAUCUCUUGAAACUUGUUCUUGGAAAGCAUAAUCUUACUAAACCAGUUUCAUCUUACUUGCGUCCUGAAGUUUUGGCAAAGUCACAGUCUUACUUUUUUGCACAUUCUGUGAAAACAAUAGCAGUAACAUCAACAGCCAAAGGCAUAACUUCCAAGCAGCUCCUUAUUGGCACAAUUGGUGAUCAGGUUUUGGCACUAGACAAGCGAUUUUUAGAUCCUCGGCGAACUGUGAAUCCAACUCAAGCUGAGAAAGAGGAUGGAAUAAUACCUCUUACUGAUUCUUUACCUAUAAUCCCACAGUCUUAUGUGACUCAUGCUGUAAAAGCAGAAGGCCUUAGGGGCAUAGUAACUGUUCCGGCAAAGCUGGAGUCCACCACCCUCGUCUUUGCUUAUGGAGUGGAUCUCUUUUUCACCCAGCUUGCUCCUUCAAAGACCUAUGAUUCUCUAACGGACGACUUCAGUUAUGCUCUGCUUCUCCUUACUAUUGUUGCACUUGUAGUGGCUAUUUUCAUAACAUGGAUUUGGUCAGAGCAGAAAGAGCUGCAGGAGAAGUGGAGAUGAGUUGAAUCAGGUGAGGUGACAAUCCUCCUGUAUUUUACCUAAUCUGUUUUGUCCCUUCCAUACACAUUGCCCUCCUGUGGAAGAACUAGACGAGCUGUAGUUUUCUUUAUUUUAAGUCUGGUCAGUUUACUACCCAAAUAGUAGUAGCUUUAGGUGAUUUUAUUUGGAAGGGGAAGAGAAACAGGUUUCUGAACAUGAACACGGCCGGUUGUCAGCAAGUAGCAAAUGUUUCUGACGAGCACUUUUGGUUGACAUUGAAAUUAUAUUUAAUACAAUCUGAAGAACCAGCAAAAUGUGCUGUACUGUGUUGUGCGUUUUUGGAAUGUUCUUAGCACUUAAAGAUUGUGUUUCCACAGAAUGUUGCAUUCUUUGCAGUAUAUUUUGCUUGUGUUGUACUUUGCUUUGGCAGUUUUUGAGAGAGAAUGAUGCGAAUCUCCUAUUUCCAUUCAAAUGUUGUAACCAGGUGUUUUACUA